AUGCAGAGUGAGCUGGAGACACAGUGUGGCAAGCAUGCAGAAGCAGAUGGGACAAGAAAAGUGAUUCUUGUGCCCAGCUAUUUUUCUAACAGAAGCAAAGACAGUGCAGGAAAGAAGUGUCCCAUCCCAGCUGAGGGAGGGAACAUCAAGGAUGGCUCCAGUCUGUUUCUCAGCAGGUUCUCCUGGAGCUCCAGGGACACCUCGAGGGAGCCCCGAGGGGGUAGAGAAAGGGUUGCCUUGGGCUGCUCCUCUGCUGCUCAGCUGGGCUGGGCUCCUGGCAUGGAGGGAGCUGGUGAUAUGUAGAGCCAGCAAAUGUCCAACAGCAGUUCCAUCACCCAGUUCCUUCUCCUGGCAUUCACAGACACACGGGAGCUGCAGCUCUUGCGCUUCUGGCUCUUCCUGGGCUUCUACCUGGCUGCCCUCCUUGGCAAUGGCCUCAUUAUCACCAACAUAGCCUGUGAUCACCACCUCCACACCCCCAUGUACUUCUUCCUCCUCAACCUCUCCCUACUCGACUUGGGCUCCAUCUCCACCACUGUGCCCAAAUCUAUGGCCAAUUCCCUUUGGGUCACCAGGGCCAUCUCCUAUGCAGGAUGUGUUGCUCAGUGCUUUUUUUUUCUCUUUUUGAUUGUCGCAGAAUAUUUUCUUCUCACCAUCAUGUCCUACGACCGCUAUGUUGCCAUCUGCAAACCCCUGCACUACGGGACCCUCCUGGGCAGCAGAGCUUGUGUCCACAUGGCAGCAGCUGCCUGGGGCACUGGAUUUCUCACUGCUCUGCUGCACACAGCCAAUACAUUUUCCCUGCCCCUCUGUCAGGGCAACACUCUGCACCAGUUUUUCUGUGAAAUCCCCCCAGUCCUCAAGCUCUCCUGCUCACACUCCUACCUCAGGGAACCUUGGCUCCUUGCAUUUAGUGCCUCUGUGGACUUUGUGUGUUUUGUUUUCAUUGUGGUGUCCUACGCGCAGAUCUUCAGGGCUGUGCUGAGGAUCCCCUCAGAGCAGGGACAGCACAAAGCCUUUUCUAUGUGCCUCCCUCACCUGGCUGUGGUCUCGCUCUUUUUGCUCACUGUCAUGUUUGCCUACCUGAAGGCUCCCUCAUUCUCUUCCCCAUCUCUGAGUCUGGAGCUAUCAGUUCUGUACUCAGUGUUGACUCCAGCACUAAACCCCCUCAUCUACAGCAUGAGGAACCAGCAGCUCAAGGGCAGAGUAUGGAAACUGAUAACUCGAUUGUUCUCUGAAGCAAUAAACUCCCGAUCUUCUCACGCUUAG